AUGGAACAGCCUCAAAAUCUGCGAUCGCUCUUCACGGCGGCCAAGGCCGAGAAAGCUGCCCUGGAAUCACGCACCGACUCGAAUACUGAGGGCUAUCGCAACGAUGUGGGCGGGGUGAUAAGGAAGCUGGAGGAGUGUCGGCGACUUGUGGGCUUGCUGUCGCUUUUCAGCUCGAACGAGACGCUGGAGGAUGUUGCUUCUGGAGACCUGCAGUAUUUCACCGUGGAAUACCUGCUCGCCGAGCUACUCCAAAAAUCCUACAGUGCGGACCGCGAGGCCCUCCUACGCCGUGCCCAGCAACAAUAUGAACGCUAUCUUGCUCGCCUAGACGAAUACCGCCUGCUGUCGGAUGGUGAUAAAAAGCUCUAUGAGAGAUACGUGGAGAACAGUGCGUCUUUUUCGCUGGCCCCUCUCGCCGACGCGGCUGUUCGGCGAGAAGUGAAGGUCGCUCGUUUCAGGGAGGAGAAAGAGCUCAAGCAAAAACUCGAGUACCUCUCGCAGAACCAGAACCGCCUUCAGAGCGACGACGAUGUUGUUCGGCAGCUAUACAUCGCAGAGAUCAACCUGUACACACACCAGACAUUUCAGACGCUAGACCUGCUAUCGCAAGAGUUAUCCAUGCUUGAAAUGUUCCGAAAGUCAGCCCCCGAAGCGCCUCAGAGCUAUACCGACGAUGCCCGAAGACGUGGCGAUGCGCAGCAAUCCAGCUACUCCGAUCGUGUGGACCCCCCUCUCGCCCAGCUUCUCAGAGGAGGCAGAUCCGGCCCCUUGCUCAACAAAGCAGGCAAACCUUUACAGCCCUUCACUUUACUUGACCGCCGGACCCAGCUGCAACAGGGCGUCUUCAGAUCUGGACACAAUUUGCCGACCAUGACGAUCGAUGAAUAUCUCGAGGAAGAGAAAAAACGGGGCGGCAUCAUUGAAGGAGGUGACCAGUCGGCUGCCCAGCCAGAAGUCGAUGAGGACGACAUGGACCGAGCAGAUGAAGAAACAAUGAAAGCCAGAGAGUGGGACGAGUUUAAAGAGGCUAACCCACGAGGCUCCGGAAACACAUUGAAUAGAGGCUGA